GCGGCGCGGGGCGGGGCGGGUCACGUGCUCCCGCCGCGGCGGCGGCGGCGGCGGCGGAGGCGGAGUCGCGGCCGGCCUGCGGGGUGGGUGUCCCGGGCGCUCGGCAGGGCCGACGGCGACCUCCCGCCCCCUCCCGUCGCUCGGCCGCCCUCCCCCGGCCCGCUCCUCGCCCGCUGCCGUCGCGGGGCCGCGCGCCCCUGCGCGCCCCGCUCGCCGAGCGGCCCCCGCCCUCCCGCGCGCGCUCCCCGAGCGGGCACGGCGGCGGCGGCACCGCGGCCGGCACCAGCGGCAGGAUUAAACUUUUGGGAGUUACUGUUUAACAAUGUUUGCCAGCCUGGAAGUAAUUGAAGAGCUGUUGUAUGACAUGAAAGACUGAAGUUGUGGAAUUCAUUUUGCUCUUUUAGGUCGACUGGAAACGUCUUCAAACUGAGCGUAGGAAGAUUCUGUCAGGAAAGGACUUCUGUUUGUUCUAGUAGACCAACAGCUUGGAUAUUGCAAUGGCUACGGUUUUCAACACCAUACUGUUUGUCUCACAGACCCUGGUAUUGGGUCAUCUGCAUCUUCUUAACAUCUGACUGGCUUGCAUUGUUGGAAACAAUGGUUUUGGAUGAUCUGCCUAACUUGAAAGAUACAUGUACUUCCUUGUACUCCUCAACUAUGGAAGACUUGGAGGUGGAUUUUGAUUCAGGACUGGAGGAAGAUGAACUGAAACAGGAGACUGCUCCUGAAGAUUCCACAAUCUUUGUGGCUUUUAAAGGAAAUAUAGGGGAUAGAGACUUUGAACAGAAACUAAGUAUCAUACUGGAGAAUGUGCCUGGCCUUUUACACAUGGAAUCCAGCAAGUUAAAACUGCAGAAGAUAGAGCCUUGGAACAGUGUACGUGUUACAUUUAAUAUACCCCGUGAAGCUGCAGAGCGGCUGCGAAUUUUGGCUCAGAAUAAUAACCAACAGCUUCGUGACCUGGGAAUUCUCUCAGUUCAGAUCGAAGGGGAAGGUGCUAUCAAUUUAGCUUUAGCUCAAAAUAGAAGCCAAGAUGUCCGAAUCAAUGGGCCCCUGGGAGCAAACAAUUCCGUGCGAAUGGAAACGGGAUUUCCCAUGCAAGGGGGCCAAGGUUUAAUAAGAAUGAGCAAUGCUGCAGCUGUCAUGAUGUCCCAGAGUGGAAAUGUACCCUCCUCUAUGGUGGCAAGUGGUGCUAGUACUGAACUGCAGCCAAGAACACCUCGACCUUCCUCACAGCCAGAUGCAAUGGACCCACUCUUAUCUGGGCUAAAUAUCCAGCAGCAAAAUCAUCCAUCUGGAUCUUUAGCUCCGCAGCUCCAUUCAAUGCAGUCAGUUCCUGUAAACAGGCAAAUGAACUCAGCCAACUUUCAGCAACUACAGCAACAGCCACAGUUGCAGACACGUCCUCCCCAGCCACAUCAGCAGCCACAGCAGGGUAUUCGACCUUCAUUUACUUCACCAGCACAGGUUCCAGUUCCCCCUGGCUGGAACCAGCUUCCUUCUGGAGCACUUCAGCCUCCUCCAACCCAGGGAGCAUUGGGUACAUUGACAGUAAACCAGGGAUGGAAAAAGGCCCCAUUGCCUGGACAAAUGCAGCAGCAACUUCAAGCAAGACCAUCUUUAGCAACAGUACAAACUCCUACCCACCCUCCACCUCCAUAUCCUUUUGGAAGCCAGCAAGCUUCCCAGGCUCACUCAAACUUUCCCCAAAUGAGCAAUUCUGGCCAAUUUACUGCUCCUCAAAUGAAAACACUUCAGGGAGGGCCCUCACGGGUUCCUACGCCACUACAACAACCCCACCUGACCAACAAGUCUCCUGCUUCCUCUCCCUCCUCCUUCCAGCAGGGAUCUCCUGCAUCAUCUCCAACAGUUAACCAAACACAGCAGCAGAUGGGACCAAGGCCUCCCCAGAGUAGCACAAUUCCCCAGGGAUUUCAACAGCCUGUCAGUUCUCCUAGCCGUAAUCCUAUGGUGCAACAGGGGAAUGUACCCCCCAACUUCAUGGUGAUGCAGCAGCAAAACCAGGGUCCACAAGGUUUACACCCUGGCUUAGGAGGAAUGCCAAAGCGCCUCCCACCUGGGUUCCCUGCAGGCCAGGCUAAUCAGAACUUUAUGCAAAGCCAGGUGCCUUCCACAGCACCAGGAACACCGGUGAACAGUGGAGCUCCGCAACUACAAACCAGCCAAAAUGUGCAGCACACAGGUGGCCAGGGGUCUGGACCUCCUCAAAAUCAGAUGCAGGCACCACACGGCCCACCAAAUAUGAUGCAGACCAAUCUAAUGGGACUUCAUGGAAAUAUGAACAACCAGCAAGCUGGUGCUAGUGGGGUGCCACAAGUUAACAUGGGCAAUAUGCAGGGACAGCCUCAGCAAGGACCACAGUCUCAACUUAUGGGAAUGCAUCAGCAAAUUGUAUCCUCUCAAGGACAGAUGGUGAACAUUCAGGCUCAGGGAUCACUGAACCCUCAAAACCAGAUGAUGCUUUCUCGAACUCAGCUCAUGCCACAAGGCCAAAUGAUGGUAACACCACAAAACCAAAAUCUUGGUCCUUCACCUCAGAGAAUGACCCCACCCAAACAGAUGAUUCCCCAGCAGGGACAGCAGAUGAUGUCUACGCACAGUCAGAUGAUGGGACCUCAAAGCCAGGUCUUGUUGCAGCAAAACUCAAUGAUGGAACAGAUGAUGACCACUCAGAUGCAAGGAAAUAAACAGCCUUUUAGCACUCAAAACCAGUCCAAUGUUAUGACGGGGCCAGCUCAGCUGAUGAGAGGACCAACCCCAAACAUGCAAGGAAACAUGGUGCAGUUCACUGGACAGAUGAUGGCACAGCAAGGCCCUGUGAAUGGUAAUCCUUCUCAGGUUAUGGGAAUUCAAGGGCAAGUUUUAAGACCUACUGGACCUGGCCCCCACAUAUCUCAGCAGCUUGGGGAUACUACUGCUACAAGUAAUGAUGUGAACUUGACACAGAUGUUACCUGAUGUUCCUGUGCAGCAACCAAAUAUGGUGCCUUCCCAUAUGCAAGCAAUCCAAGGAAACAACAAUGCUUCAGGGAGUCAUUUCUCUGGACAUGGGCUGCCUUUCAAUACCCCAUUUAGUGGAACACCAAAUGGGAAUCAAAUUUCCUGCGGGCAGAAUCCUGGUUUUCCUGUCAAUAAAGAUGUCACUCUCACAAGCCCACUCUUGGUUAACCUUCUACAAAGUGAUAUAUCUGCAGGACACUUUGGCGUGAACAACAAACAGAAUAAUCAGAAUGCCAAUAAGCCGAAGAAGAAGAAGCCUCCAAGGAAGAAGAAAAAUAAUCAACAGCUAGAACAAACAAAUUCUUCAGAACCACGUCCAGCUGGCUUGGAGGAGAACGAUCAGUCAUCAAUGUCUGGAGAACAGGGAAUGAACCUAGAUAAUGCAGGCCCUAAACUUUCAGAUUUUGCAAGUAGGCCACCAGGCUAUCCUUCUCAGCCAGUGGAACAAAGACAACUUCAGCAGAUGCCACCUCAACUUAUGCCACAUACACAGCAGCCCCAGCCCCAGCAGCAGCAACCACAGCCACCACCGCAGCAGGCACAGGCACAACCACAGACGCAGCAGCAGCAGCAAAUGAUGAUGAUGCUUAUGAUGCAGCAGGAUCCCAAAUCAGUCAGGCUUCCUGUACCACAGGGAGUUCAUCCACCUAGAGGGCCUCUGAAUCCAGAUGCUCAACGAAUGCCAAUGCAGCAGAGUGGUAACAUGUCAGUAAUGGUUAACUUACAAGGUCCUGGAUCAGUGCCUCCAUCUCCUGAUAAACAGAGGAUUUCCUUGCCAGGCAAUCCUUCUCUGGGAAGUAAUGCAAGAAAAAUGGUAUAUCAAGAUAAUGUACAGAAUCCUUCCAGCUCGCCUCUGGGAGAGGUUUCAUCAGUAUCUUCCCUUCCAGAAGGAGGUGGAGCUGAAGGCCCACCAGCAUCAGGAGCUCAAAAUAAUUUGACAUCUCAUUUAGUAGUUUCACAAAACCAAUUAAUGAUGACUGGACCCAAACCUGGACCAUCCCCACUUUCAACUGCCCAAGGUGCAAGUCCUCAGCAGCAAUCUAAUUCUCUGCCUAGCACUCUUACACACCAUUUUCCAAAUGUUGCCACCCCAUCACAAACUUCAAGACCUAAAACCCCAAACAGAGCAAGCCCAAGGCCGUACUAUCCUCAGACUCCUAAUAACCGUCCACCUAGCACAGAGCCUUCAGAAAUAAGCUUGUCUCCAGAAAGACUCAAUGCUUCUAUAGCUGGUCUUUUUCCUCCCCAAAUUAAUAUUCCUUUACCUCCCAGGCCUAAUCUCAAUAGAGGAUUUGAUCAGCAGGGUCUUAAUCCGACUACUCUGAAGGCCAUUGGACAAGCCCCAUCAAAUCUCACAGUUAACAAUCAGUCUAGUUUUGCUGCUCCACAGCCACACAAGCUGGAAGGUGUGGUUAUUAAUUCAGGAAAGCAAACCAACACUGGAGGAACAAAGAGAGCAAGUCCAAGCAAUAGCCGAAGGUCCAGUCCUGGAUCCAGUAGGAAAACUACACCAAGCCCUGGCAGACAAAAUUCAAAAGCAGCAAAGUUAGCAUUGACAACUCAGCAGAAUCCACCUCUCUUGCAGAACAUGGAAUUACAAAGAAAUAUGAUGGUUGGCCCCUCUUCUUUGCCAACACCUGUGACUACAAGUUUUCAAAAUAAUAACAUGCUAAAUAAUCAGAAUCCUGCAAUUUCUGUACCUGCUAUGACUGGCAUUCCUGAGGACAGUAAAGAGAGCCUUAAUGUUCCUCAAGAUAAUGAGUGUCAAAAUGCACAAGGUGUCCCAGGUAACAAAGACCCUCCCAAUAUUGAACUGAAAGGCAUCCCUACCCCAGAAAUAAAAAUGUUGGUUCCAGAAGAACAGUUGAAAAAAGAUGGAGAGUCUUUGGACACUGGUAAGCUUCCUGCCUUGGAGGAAAGCAAACCCAUGGUAUCCCCAGCUAUGAGGGAGGCACCAACUUCUUUGAGUCAACUUCUUGAUAAUUCUGGAGCUCCUAACGUAACCAUUAAGCCCCCUGGGCUGACUAGUCUUGAAAUGGCACCAGUAGUCCCUGCUGGGGAGGAACUGAAGAAGAUAGCUGUCAUUCCUCCGCUUCAAGAUUCAUCCUCUGGCAAAGAGCCUUCUAAUUCACUUAGUUUGCCUCAAAAUAAUGAGUCCUGUUCAAAUGCAGGGCACCAGGAACUGGGAGAAGUAAACUCAAAUGUUGCACAGAAUGUUCCUCCAGUAAUACAAAGGCCUGUCAGCUCUUCUUCAAUUUCAGCUCCUUUACCACCCAACCAGAUAACAGUUUUUGUAACUUCAAACCCUAUUACAUCUUCUGCUAAUACAUCAGCACCACUGCCAUCUCAUUUGCAACCUGCGUUAGUAUCUACUGUUGUCACAAUGCCUAAUGUAGGAAACAAAGUUAUGGUUUCUGAGGGACAGUCAGCAGUUCAGUCUAAUGCCCGGCCACAGUUUAUUACACCUGUUUUUAUAAACUCAUCAUCAAUAAUUCAGGUUAUGAAAGGCUCUCAACCAAGUACAAUUCCAGCAGCCCCAAUGACUUCUAACUCUAGUCUAAUGCCUCAGUCGGUGGCAGUUGUUGGUCCUUUGCAUAUACCGCAGAACAUAAAGUUCUCAUCUGGGCCUGCUCCUCCUAGCACAUCAUCUAGCAGUCCUGUUUCUAAUAUUCCAACAAGCAGGCCACUGGUUCUUAAUCCAAUGGUGCCUCCUAUUCAGAUGCCUUCUCCUGCUACAACUUCUUCAAAUGUUCCUUCACAUCUUCCUGCUCAACAAGUCAAAGACUUUAGCCCAGAUGAGGCUUCUUCUCAAAGUGGUGGGACAACUGACCAGUGUUCUGUUUCAGCAACACAGUCUGGACCUGGCGUUUCACCUCUUCUUACAAGUAGUCCAGGAUCUGGGAAUAGACGAAGUCCUGUUUCAUCAAGUAAGGGAAAGGGGAAAGUAGACAAGAUUGGCCAACUUUUGCUGACUAAAGCAUGCAAGAAAGUCACUGGCUCACUUGAGAAAGGAGAAGAACAAUAUACUUUGGAUGGGGAACCAGAAAGUCAGGGGCUAGAAAUGUCAGUCCCAAAUAGUUUGGGAACAGAACAAUCACCAGCAGAACUAGACAAUAAAACUGUGACACCUCCAGCACCCAGUCUUAUAAAACAGAGCACUUCUGGGCCUGGCAAUCUGAGUGUUAGCACUGCUGCUGCUGUUUCUGCUUCUGUAUCUCCAAGCUUACCAACAAACACUCCUCCUACAAAUGUACUGUCAGCUGUAACCACUCCAGUAGUCCCUGAACUUGCGCCUGCAACACCAAGUACUAAUGGUAGUAAUAACCAUGGCAGUUUACCAGCUGAGCAAAUUGGACUUGGUUUGGUGGAGGAAAAAACAGGAGCACAUCAGGAACUACUCCAAAGUACAGCGUCCUCUCAACCUUUAGCCCAGAAAAAAAGUUCAGUUACAACAUCAGAAAGUACUGUUCAAAGAACAGAACUUGAAACAAAUGCUCCAGUAGUUGCUGGUCAAAGUAAUGAGACAAAAGAGAAUUGUGAAAAGUCUAAAACUCCAAGUAGAAGAAAUUCAAGAACAGAGGAUUCUGCUGCUUCACAAGAAACUGUAGAGAAUGGACAGCGCAAGAGGUCCUCCAGACCAGCAUCUGCAUCCAGCACUGCAAAAGUUUUGCAGGUUUGGGGUAGAAGCAGAUGUGAGAAUACUGGUAAUGUUCACAAGGUAAUGGUGGCUUCAGAAUUGAGUGACUGGAACAGCUACUGAAUGAUGCUGAACAUUUGCCCAUUUAUUCUGUCAAACAGAGACUUUAGCAGCAGCAGGUAAUACUACAGCUAAUAUUGCUGGUGACCAUAGUAUUUAAAAGUAGCAUUAUUGCUUGAAAGAUGAACUCCUCUGACUGUUAAGUCAUACCUGUUAAGAUGUUUUACUUCUGAAAACUGGUACUGUAUUGGUAUUUUCACUUCUUUGAGUACCUUUCCAGCAAGGGCUGUUCCAGCAUUUACUGUAGCUUUGGAUUUGUUAAAUUUUGAAGCAUUUUUAAUAUAACAUUUAAUAGGCACUAUUGCUUUUCUAGUUUUAAAAGUCUUGCAAAAUUGUUCCCUUUUGAUUCUAAAACACACACAGCUCUAAUAGCUUUCAGAAAAUAUUGUAAAGAGCCAAAGAUGCAUUGCCAACAUUUAAAAUUGUAUUUUUUAGAAAUCUAAAGAUGCAAAUAUGCUUAGUCCUUACUCAGUUCUCUUUCUUUUUGUUCUAAAAUGGAAACUUAGUGCCUUGGUAAGUGCACUGAAAAUGUCAUCUGGUUUCACUGUAGCUUCUGUAAGUGCUUCUGGUUGUUCUGCUGAAGUGCUAUAAUAUUAUGUAUCUUCCUGCAUAAGCUGUUUUUCUGUGAGUCAUAAUGUACACUGAAGAGACUUGUUUUCCAAAUGACCUGACUUUCCAAGGACUCAAAGAAAUAGACUCUUAACUUGUGUGGCAGACUCCAAAAUAUCUUUCUAAGAUUUCCUAUAACAUCAUCUCCAAGUACUGUGCUUGGAUCCAAUUUAUGCAGUUUAUUUCCAAAGCUGUACUUAAUGUUUCAUGGAGGCUUAUUUUUGUGUUACGGCUGAGCAAGUUGUGGCAUGUGGGGAAGUAAAGAUAAAGUAUGGUAAAAAUACAUGACUUCUGUUUCUAAGGCCAUGGUAUUAGGACUUCAUAAAUGUUAACUUCAUAACACUGAAAUUCUGUCCAUGUGUUUGUAACAGAAGUUAGUGGGAAUUUUGCAUUGUUGUACUGCUGCUAAUGGCUGUAAUCAGGAUGAAGGGUCCAUUUGUGUUAAGUGUUGUGCAAAGUCAAUCCCUGUUCUAUGGAACUCAUGGUCUUAAGUUUUCACGCUGAGAUUUUAGAAAAAUAAAAGAGCAAUCUGUGCACCUCUCAUGAAUGGCUUACCAACUUAGUAUCCAUGCUUUUUUUCUUCUCUUAAUUUCAGAAACGAGUGCCAGUGCAAUGCAGUCAAAAAGAAGAAAAUCCAAGUAAAUUACUGCAUGGAAACAUGAAACUUGUAAAUGAGUGUGAAUUUACCAAUAGCAAUUUUGAGCUGUGAUUUUUCUUUUUUAAAUAAAAUUCUGUACAGUAAGUCAUUUUAAUAUUAUACUGUUCCCAAUAAAUGAUUUUUUCUAAAAAACAGAUAAAUAGAUAUAAAAACUGGGUUCCUGUAAAAACCCUCUGGAUUUACAAAGUGAAGUCCAGUGUUAGCACAUUAGGUUAAUGUGUUUUUAAGAAAUGGGAGGGGAGGGGAAGACAAUUGUAAAUUUAUGUUUCCACUUUUCAUAAACAAAUUAGAAUACAGGGUUGUCAUUUUUAGGUAUUAAAAUAAUGUAUUGUGCUGUUGUUUAAGUACUGUAUGUGAAUAGCAGUAAGAGGGUUAUAAACAAACCCAAUCUUGUUUGGAAAUGUAAAUAAUUUUAUUAUAUAGUAGAUCUGAUGUAUUUGUUGUAGAAAUGGACCAGUGAAACAAAAAUAAAUUUAAGGGUUUGUAUAAUGUGGAAUCCCUAAUGCUCUAAAUAAAUGUUGUUGUCCUAUAA